CUCCAAAGGCAUACUUAGAAUUGGUAUAGAUGGUUCUUUCCUGGUUCUGUGAGUACUCUAAGGCUUGGCCAAGUGCAAACAGCUCUCAUGCUUGAGCAGACCAAUUAUUAGGAAACUUUAUUAACUCUAUUUUUUUAUUUUUUAUUUUUUGACACGGAGUCUUACUCUGUCACCCAGGCUGGAGUACAAUGGCGUGAUCUCGGCUCACUGCAACCUCCACCUCCUGAGUUUAAGCAAUUCUCCUGCCUCAGCAUGCUGAGUAGUUGGGAUUACAGGUGCUCGCCACUACGGCCAGCUAAUUUUUGUAUUUUUAGUAGAGACGGGGUUUCACCAUGUUGGCCAGGCUGCUCUCGAACUCCUGACCUCAGGUGAUCCACUCGCCUCAGCCUCCCAGAGUGCAGGGAUUACAGGUGUGAGCCACAGAGCCCGGCCUCUUAACUCUAUUUCCACAAGAGUUUUUCCUGUUAGUUACUGAUUACCCAUUGUGUCUUUUUCCUUGAAUCACCUGGGAGGAACUAUCUUUAAAUAAGUGUCGUCCUGUAAUGCACUACGGCCGUCCGUGGGUUACCACAUUAAGGAUAGUUGUCAGUGGCCUCCAUGCCUUUCGGCCAUGUCAAAGGACACUCUGAAUCUGGCGCAGAUGCAGGAGCAGACGCUGCAGUUGGAGCAACAGUCCAAGCUCAAACAACUUGUCAAUGAGGAUUUACGGAAGCAGGAGGAGUCCGUGCGGAAGCACCAUCAGACCUUCUUGGAGUCCAUCAGGACGGCUGGCACCUUGUUUGGGGAAGGAUUCCGUGCCUUUGUGACAGACCAGGACAAAGUGACAGCCACGGUGGCUGGGCUGACGCUGCUGGCUGUCGGGGUCUACUCAGCCAAGAAUGCCACGCUUGUCGCCGGCCGCUUCAUCCAGGCUCGGCUGGGGAAGCCGUCCCUAGUGAGGGAGACGUCCCGCAUCACGGUGCUGGAGGCGCUGCGGCACCCCAUCCAGGUCAGCCGGCGGCUCCUCAGUCGACCCCAGGACGCGCUGGAGGGUGUCGUGCUCUGUCCCAGCCUGGAAGCACGGGUGCGCGACAUCGCCAUAGCAACGAGGAACACCAAGAAGAACCGGAGCCUGUAUAGGCACAUCCUGCUGUACGGGCCACCAGGCACCGGGAAGACGCUGUUUGCCAAGAAACUCGCCCUGCACUCAGGCAUGGACUACGCCAUCAUGACAGGCGGGGACGUGGCCCCCAUGGGGCGGGAAGGCGUGACCGCCAUGCACAAGCUCUUUGACUGGGCCAAUACCAGCCGGCGCGGCCUCCUGCUCUUUGUGGAUGAAGCGGAUGCCUUCCUUCGGAAGCGAGCCACCGAGAAGAUAAGCGAGGACCUCAGGGCCACACUGAACGCCUUCCUGUACCACACGGGCCAGCACAGCAACAAAUUCAUGCUGAUCCUGGCCAGCUGCCACCCCGAGCAGUUCGACUGGGCCAUCAAUGCCUGCAUCGACGUGAUGGUCCACUUCGACCUGCCAGGGCAGGAGGAGCGGGCGCGCCUGGUGAGAAUGUAUCUUGACGAGUAUGUUCUUAAGCCGGCCACAGAAGGAAAGCAGCGUCUGAAGCUGGCCCAGUUUGACUACGGGAGGAAGUGCUUAGAGGUCGCUCGGCUGACAGAGGGCAUGUCAUGCCGGAAGAUCGCUCAGCUGGCCGUGUCCUGGCAGGCCACGGCGUAUGGCUCCAAGGACGGGGUCCUGACCGAGGCCAUGAUGGACGCCUGCGUGCAAGACUUUGUCCAGCAGCACCAGCAGAUGAUGCGCUGGCUGAAGGGGGAGAGGCCUGGGCCCGAGGACGAGCAACCCUCAUCCUGAGUCCAUGGGGAGACCACACCUCACGGAGCCUGGCCGCGGACCCCUCCCACCCCUGCCUUUGCGGCCCCGCACAUUUAGGAAAUACUCCCCAUAAUAGA